CACCGAGCAUCUCUAAAGCCACGUUCCGCCCCAUCUGCAACCAUGUCUACCAACCCGUCACCAAUAAGGGCACCACAGCAUGUGGUAGACCUGCUCUCACGCCUGCAUGCCGCGUCUCUCGAGCAAGAGGCCGCAAUAUCCAGCAAGAAGAAACUUGCCAGUCAGCGCGAUGCCAGAUGCGAGUUCGACAAGCUCAUGCUCGAUAAGUUCAUUGCUCUGGACGAAGACAAGUGCCACUUCGUCUACCAACUGAUCACUGCCAUGGGAGCAACCAAUGUUGUCGAGGCAGGCACCAGCUUUGGCGUCAGUACGAUCUACCUGGCGCUCGCUACAGCUCAGACGAAGGCUGCGACAGGCAAGAAGGGCACUGUCAUUGCCACGGAGAAGGAGCCUCAAAAGGCAGCCAUUGCUCAAGGCUACUGGGAAGAGUGCGGUGUGGAAGAGCACAUCGAUCUCAGGGUUGGCGACCUACUUGAGACUCUGAAGAAUGAUGUGCCUGAGGUCGAUUUACUUCUACUUGACAUCUGGUCGACUCUCGCGCUCCCAACGCUGAAGACUAUCUUGCCUAAGCUGAGGCGCGGCGGUGUCAUCCUCACGGACAACACUAUCUCGGGCGCUGAAGGCUACAAGGACCUAUUGACGUUCCUGCGCGCACCGGAGAAUGGCUUCCAGAACACUACCUUACCGUAUACUAAUGGCUUCGAGAUGAGUAUAUACUUGCCUAAGAAGCAAGUCUGAGGUUGUUG